AUGGCGCAUCGAAUAAUAACCCAAGUUGUGGUGACCGGCACAAGAGUCCUCAGCCGUGCCUUUGCAGAAGCAUGGAAGCAAGCGUCCGCCUCUUCACAAUACGCCAAAGCGCAAGCAAAGAACAAUCCGGGUGCUGCAAACACAUUCGCCUCCCAUGGACUGACGCUUGAAGAGGCCUGCAAGAUCCUGAAUGUGAAGCCGCCACAAAAUGGGAAAGCAAAUAUGGAGGAUGUGACAGAAAGAUUCAAAAGGCUGUUCGAUGUCAAUGAUCCGCAAAAGGGUGGAAGUUUCUACCUACAAAGCAAGAUCCUAAGGGCGCGAGAGAGGAUAGAGUCGGAAAUACGGCAAGCGGAAGAGAAAGCAAGUAGGGAAGCAGAGCUGAAGGAAGGAUGGAAGCCAAAGGUUUUCAAGGAUCGAUAG